UUGUGUAGCUUAGGUUCCACCUUCAGUAUCAACAAGAUAUGAUCAUGUUAAGUAUCACAAAAGAGGUCCUGUCAGUUAAAUGGACGCUGCCCAGCGCCUCGUAGGGGAGCAAUUUAAAGUAUCCUGUUCUUCACCCGGUUAACUAAGGUUACGAUGUAAACAACGUCUCAAACGUGAUGCUAAGAAUGUAUCGUGUUAGGGAUUGCCCGCCCAAAUAAUCUGCCAAUGACGUAGCGAUUACUCGCAUUUCCUUGAGAUAAAUAUCAAAAUCUUGUUAAGACACUCCACUCAUGUCUAAUGACCACACUCAAACAGUGCGGCUGUAGCGCCGACCAUCUGUUAUUACCAAACACUGCCUUACGACAAACACAAGAAAACCACAUCGGCAAGAAAGCCUUCGAAAGACUUAAGGACCAUUUGAAAAGAAAAUCAGUUAUGGCGUUGUCAUUUUCAAUCGACAGCAUUCUCGCAAAACCCACUUAUAGACCUAUCAAGCCUAUGUCUUCGGUCCACGUUCAGCCUUAUCCAGCACUGAUUAUCACACCAAUGACUCAGUACCGAGCGAACGGAGAGACUUCUCUUCCACCAUUUCCCCUUGCGACGCGAAAGAGACGCAAGAGAUAUCGAACCAUCUUCAAUGAGAAACAAAUUGAACUUCUGGAAGAACUGUACAGGACUACCCCGUAUCCAGAUUUGUAUCAAAGGGAGAAUGUCGCUCUUCACGCUGGAUUACAAGAAGAGAGGGUCGAGGUCUGGUUCAAGAAUAGACGUGCGAGAACUCGUAAAUUGAAAAGGGCUGCGAAUAAAGAGUCCUUAAAAGACAAGGAAGACGACGAAAAUGUGGACAAACAGAAAAAUGGAAAGACAGACGAAGAUGACAGCUAAAAAGAUGAGUCUCGGUGCUUCCCGAAAUGGCCUGUUGUCGCACUGCCGGUUGAGCAAGUGAAGAAAAUUAACUCCUGAUCAAAAGCUAAUCCCAUUCAAAUGCAAGAGGUUUUAUAACGAUGUGAUGAACACUUUGAACAAAGUUAAACUAACAAGAUGGCUUUUAUCAUAAGCCCAGGAGAAUUGUGUACAUAGUUUUUGGUCAAAAAGACUAAGUAAUAAUAUUAUAAUUAGUUAAAAGAAGUUAGAUAUGGUUAAGAUGUAUGGAUUUGUACAGUAUUUG